GACCAAAAUAACGCAAGGGCCUUAGAAUAUCCCCUCCUUUCCUCUCCUCUAUAUAUAAUUAUGAAUAUACACACGCACACAUUCCGCCAUAUUCUCACUCUCGCCAUCUCUAAGCUCUCACUUUCCGCCCUCCGCGGUCCCUACCCUCCACCACCACCACCGCUGUAUAUACAUUAUUACGUACACAUAUACGUACGUUCUCUCCUUCACUUUCUCUAUCCCUCUCAGCCAAAAUGCAGGGCGCGGCGGCUAUAGCGUUCUGCCCUUCACUUUCACUCUCCGCCAAUCCCCGGAAGAUCGCCGCCGCCGCCGCUAGAUUCAACCCCAUCUCUCUCCCCUCAUCGGAGCAACUGCGCCUCAGAAAUGACGACUCGUCUUUGUCGUUUGCAUCCGCUUCUUCUUCGGGCCGGAAAUUGAAGCAUAGCUGGUUGAUCACGGGCCAGAAUUUUGGCAGUUCGAAGGGGGCAUCAGAUGGCGUCGUGUCCAGGGCAACGGCGGAGAUCACCGGGCCGGAAGAGAGCCCGAAAUCGAAGAGCUUCGUGGAAACGUUGGUGCUCGGGCUGCUUUUCGGGCUCUGGUUUAUUUUUAAUAUUUACUUCAAUAUCUAUAACAAGCAGGUUCUCAAAGCUUUUCAUUACCCGGUUACGAUCAGUCUAGGUCAAUUUGCUUUUGGGACUGUCAUUGUUGUUUUGAUGUGGGCAUUCAAUCUCUACAAACGGCCUAAAAUCAGUGGAGCGCAGCUAGCUGCAAUUCUUCCAUUAGCAGUGGUGCAUACCUUAGGCAACCUCUUCACAAAUAUGAGUCUUGGAAAAGUUUCUGUUUCAUUCACUCACACAGUUAAAGCUAUGGAACCCUUCUUCUCAGUUAUCCUCUCUGCUAUGUUUCUUGGGGAGUUUCCUACAAUAUGGGUAGUUUCCUCUCUUGUUCCAGUCGUUGGUGGAGUCGCCUUGGCAUCAAUAACCGAGGCCUCUUUUAAUUGGGCGGGUUUUUGGAGUGCGAUGGCUUCAAAUUUAACAAAUCAAUCCCGCAAUGUGCUUAGCAAAAAAUUGAUGGUCAAGAAAGAGGAAUCCCUCGACAAUGUUACUCUGUUCUCAAUAAUUACUAUAAUGUCCUUCAUCUUGAUGAUACCUAUUACACUCUUCAUGGAGGGUGUCAAGUUCACACCUUCAUACCUUCAGGCUUCUGGGUUGAAUGUUAAUGAAAUAUACACUAGGUCGCUCCUGGCAGCCAUCUGCUUCCAUGCAUAUCAACAGGUUUCUUACAUGAUAUUGCAGCGCGUUUCACCUGUCAGCCACUCCGUUGGCAACUGUGUUAAGCGUGUGGUGGUUAUCGUGUCUUCGGUACUCUUCUUCCGCACGCCCGUUUCACCCGUUAACUCUCUAGGUACUGGUAUAGCUCUUGCUGGAGUUUUCCUUUACUCUAGAGUGAAGAGCAUUAAGAAGGCCAAGCCAAAAACCGCUUGAAAUUUAUACUGGUAAACCAACAUUAACAAAAUGUUUCAUAGUUAUGAUUUUUGAAGAAUUGUGAGGUUUGUAUAUCAUGAAUAAAAUUGUGACAUCUUGUGAUGGGUAACUGUUAUAUAUGUUGCAAAAAUUAAAGUUACUAUUUCACAAGAUUUAGUAACAUUUGAGAGUGUAAUUAAUUUAUUAUGCAACAAAAUUUACUUACUUUCUUA